UUUAUUAUUUCUCUUCUUCUUCUUUAGGCUCUCAUCACUCUUCUUCCUUGGCCGCGGAAUCGUCUCUCGGAGCCGCGAAAGGACUCUCUUUUAGGGUUAAAGAAUCCUUUCCCUUCUUCCUCAGCUGAUUUCGAUUCUCUUCCUCCUCCGAUCAUUUUUGUCUUCUAGGUGUUAAAAAGGCAUUUGAAAAAGAUGGGAGACAAUGGAAAAGAUGAAAUUAUGGUUGAGGCAUCUCAAUGUGCUGGUGCUAUGGUUGAGAUAAAGAUAAAGACAUUGGAUUCUCAGACUUACACCUUACAUGUUGAUAAAUGUGUCCCUGUUCCUGCAUUGAAAGAGCAAGUUGCUACCGUUACUGGUGUCGUUACGGAACAACAGCGCUUGAUAUGUCGUGGAAAAGUUAUGAAGGAUGAUCAACUCCUAUCAGCCUAUCAUGUUGAAGAUGGCCACACUCUGCAUUUAGUUGUCAGACAACCUGUUCCACCAAUAUCAGAGAGUUCAACUAGUAAUGCAGCGGCUGAUCCUGCUUUGAGUGCUGGUGACAGCCAGGGAAGUCAAAGAUCACGAGUUGUGGUAGGAUCCUUCAAUAUUGCUGAGCAAGCAGAUGGAGUCUAUUCAGAUCUUGGUCAGAUAGUUUCAGCUGUUCUGGGUUCACUUGGGAUCUCUAAUCCAGAAGGUGGUAUCGAAGGGAUUGAAGCUAUGGGUCCUCUUCAUGAGAGGCUAUCUCGGAGUUCUGGUCCUACCUCUGCAAGAGAUUCUUCCGGAGGGCGAUCUGCGACACCAAAUACAGUGAACCAGACGUCUACUCCCUUGACAUCUUCACAACCAGCAGUGAUUCCAGAUUCGUUGACAACCUUAUCGGAAUAUCUAAAUCAUCUGAGACAAGAAUUUGCUGCUAAUGGUAGCAAUGCUAAUAACUUGCAAGAUUCUGAAAAUUCAAUGGGCAAUGUGCAAGAUUCUGCUUCUACCACCGGAGAGAGUCGGAUUCCAAGACCAUCUCAUUUGGCAGAAGUGCUGCAAUCAACAAGGCAAUUGUUGAUCGGUGAAGUAGCAGAUUGCUUAUCUAAUCUUUCGAGGCAGCUUGUGGAUCAUGUGAAUGUGACCGAUCCGUCAACCCGAAGGUUGUGCCAGUCAAACAUGCUUCAAUCAGGAUCCCUCUUGGAGAAUUUAGGCAUUUCACUCCUGGAGCUUGGUCGUGCCACCAUGAUGCUUCGUUUGGGACAAACACCUGAUGAUGCUGUUGUUAAUGCUGGGCCUGCAGUGUUCAUAUCCCCCACAAGGAGAAAUCCCUUGGCGUCCACUCGGCAGGGGACGAGUAUUGGAGGCUUACAAGCAGGAACCGCACAUUCUAACCCUUUUGCUGGACAAUCACUUGCCUCUGCCCCAAGAAAUAUUGAGAUAAGAAUACGUACAGGAUCUUGGGUGCCCGCCAGUGGGACCAACCAGAGAGAAGAAAGUACUACACAACAAACCCCUGGGCAGUCAGUCCCUUCUGCACCCAGCAGCACUACUGAUUCUGCCCCCUCAACGAGAGGUCCAUCUGAAUCUCCUCGAAAUCCUGUGGCCUUAGUUAUACCUGUUGUUACUCGAUAUCAGCAGGUAUCAUUAGGUGAACGUAGUUUUACUGGAUUGGAUGGAGUACAUCAGCCUGUUACAGAAUCUUCUAGGUCACAACAGAGCACCGGUACUCCAGGAAGAGAAGGUGAUAGCAGUUCUCCCCCUGGUGGUCGUCGUUUGUUUGAAUUGAGAAACAGAAUCAAUCAGUUUUUGAGGCCCUCAGCUCGUCGAGAACACCAAGCCAGUAGCUCGGAGUCUCAGGUUGCAGCAAAUCCAUCUUCCACAGAGGCCACAGAACCAAGGGAAGCUGUUGCAAAUGCACAAGUUGAGCCAGUAACUACGACGGAUGAAGGGAAUUUCAUAUCAAGUGUUCUUCAGCAGAUCAUGCCCUUUAUUUCUCAAAAUGUAGCCUCCUCAAGCUCUGGUGAAGCUGUUACAGGCAGAGGCAGCAAUAACACUAGACAAGCCUCUUCAAGAGAGGAGGAGGGAGGUGCAGAGCGAGGAAAUUCAAGUCGGAGACCUGGAGCACCGUCACCUCCAGAGUCGAAACGUCAGAGGAGAGAGUGAGAGAGACUGCUGGGAGCAAAAAGCAAAGGGUGGAAAGAACACUUCUUGAAGAAUGAUAGUUUAUUUUUGUUACUUAAGUGGUAAUUGAUUCUCUGAGCUUUUGAUGUUCACUAUAAUGGUAUUGGUGGUGUUAACCAAAACAUCUCCAUUUCUUUUUUCCUUUUUUAUUAUGUUAUAUUCCCCAAUCCGUACAAUUUCAGAUUUUGUAUUCAGCUAUAAACAUAAGUGCAUAUAUUAGAUUAGUAACAAAUUAUAGAGGAGGGGGCUAUUAAGGCA